CAUCGUGUAAAGCAGAACAUUUCGCGUAAUGUAGUUUAAGAUGUUUAGGUUUCUAAAUUUAAUCCUAAAUCCGUGAAAUUGUGAAUAAAAAAGUACAAGUUUCGUGUAAAUAUGAAGUAUAGUAUGAAUGCUAAGUAUGAACAACUAUCUAAAAGAAGUUCCGGCUCAUUGAUUGAUGACGAGAGCAUCGGUUCUCCUGGGAGUCAAAGUUCUGGAAAGUGGUUUAGUAUGGAGAAUGAAUUUGAAACCGUGUUGGAUCCUUUGAUUUCUGAUGAUGUGGCAGAGGAAGAGAUGUGGCUGGGGACGACAGAGGCGGCCACGCUGGGAGCGGAGGAGGUGGCGGCCCGGCUCAGAGUGGACCUGCGCAACGGCCUGUGGUGGCGCGAGGCGGAACUGCGCAGACAGCUGGCUGGUCACAACGAGUUCUGCGUCAAGGAGGAGGAUCCACUGUGGAAGAAAUACAUUGAACAGUUCAAAAACCCCCUGAUUCUUCUUCUCCUUGCAUCCGCGUUAGUGAGUGUUUGUAUGAGGCAGCUCGACGACGCUGUUAGCAUCACUGUCGCCAUCAUUAUUGUGGUGACGGUUGCAUUCGUACAGGAAUAUCGGUCGGAGAAAUCUCUGGAAGAGUUGACAAAACUCGUCCCACCUACAUGCCAUUGUCUAAGGGAAGGUAGGUUGGAGACGUUUCUUGCCAGAGAGUUAGUACCAGGUGAUGUUGUCCAUCUCAACGUGGGAGAUCGAGUACCCGCUGACAUCAGACUGUUUGAGGCAAUUGACCUGGCUGUUGAUGAGAGCAGCUUUACGGGAGAGACCGAGCCGUCCGCCAAGAUCACGGCUCCGAUUCUCAAGACUAACGGCCACUCGAGCAUGAAGAACAUCGCCUUCAUGGGCACACUGGUGCGAUGUGGCAACGGCAAGGGUCUCGUGGUCAACACUGGGGAGAAAAGUGAGUUUGGAGAGGUGUUCAAGAUGAUGCAGGCCGAGGAGGCCCCCAAGACACCCCUGCAGAAGAGUAUGGACAUCCUGGGUACACAGCUUUCAUUGUACAGUUUCUGUAUUAUUGGCCUGAUCAUGGGUAUCGGCUGGCUCCAAGGAAAGGCUAUUCUGGAAAUGUUUACUAUUGGUGUCAGUCUGGCAGUAGCAGCUAUCCCUGAAGGACUUCCCAUCGUAGUCACAGUCACUCUGGCAUUGGGAGUCAUGAGGAUGGCGAAGAGAAAAGCAAUCAUCAAGAAACUCCCCACCGUAGAAACUCUGGGUUGUGUCAGUGUGAUAUGUUCAGACAAGACUGGGACCAUCACCAAGAAUGAGAUGACUGUCACUGUCAUAGUCACAGCUGAUGGACAUUUGGCUGAGGUGUCAGGCGCUGGAUAUAAUGACCAGGGUGAGAUCCACAUCCACAAGUGUGACAGCGUGGAUAAGGCUCGUGAAUCCAUCUACAGACUUCUUGAGGUUGGAUGUGUUUGUAAUAACGCUGUGAUCAACGGAGAGACGCUGCUCGGUCAGCCGACGGAAGGCGCUCUUCUAGCUGUAGCAAAUAAGAACAACAUGUAUGGAGUGGCGGAGAAGUAUGUGAGGCUACAGGAAUAUCCCUUCAGCUCUGAACAGAAGAUGAUGGCAGUCAAAGUGGUGCCUAAGUACGACGAUAACAAGGAAGACAUUUUCUUUGUGAAGGGAGCUCUGGAGAAGGUGCUUCAGCAGUGUACCAAGUACAUGAGCAAUGGCACCACCCAGCCUCUGAAUGUCAAGAAGGAACAAGAGUAUCUGGCGGAGGCCUACGAGAUUGGCAGGAAGGGGCUUAGAGUGGUCGGGCUGGCACGAGGUAGCAGUCUGCAAGAUCUGGUUUACAUGGGGCUAGUGGGCAUCUGUGACCCUCCACGACCUUUCGUACGAGAGUCCAUACAGACGCUGCUACAGAGUGGGGUCAAGGUCAAGAUGGUGACUGGGGACGCACAAGAGACAGCUGUGGCAAUCGCCAGCAUGAUAGGACUGGAUGUUAUACAUGGACAGGUGCUCAGUGGAGACCAGAUAGACCAGAUGUCAGAACAUCAGCUAGAGCAGAUAGUGGGCAAUGUCACUGUGUUCUACAGAGUAACACCCAGACACAAACUGUGCAUUGUCAAGGCGUUCCAGAGGGCAGGAGUGAUAGUAGCGAUGACCGGUGAUGGAGUGAAUGACGGAGUAGCUCUCAAGCGAGCGGACAUUGGGAUAGCGAUGGGCAAGAACGGCACAGACGUGUGUAAGGAAGCAGCAGACAUGAUACUGGUGGACGACGAUUUCAACACGAUCAUAGCUGCUAUUGAGGAAGGCAAGGCAAUAUUCUACAACAUCCGGAACUUUGUGAGAUUCCAGCUGAGUACAAGCAUCGCUGCGUUGUCUCUCAUUGCACUGGCUACCAUCAUGGGCAUCCCGAACCCUCUCAACGCCAUGCAGAUCCUGUGGAUAAACAUCAUCAUGGACGGUCCUCCGGCACAGAGUCUGGGAGUUGAACCCGUUGACUCUGACGUUGUCAAGCAGAGACCUCGUAACCCCAAGGAGCCAAUGAUCACUCGUCAGUUGAUAACUAACGUGUUGCUCUCUGCGUCCAUCAUCAUCUUUGGCACUCUGUGGGUCUUCAAGCGAGAGAUGAGUGACAACAUUAUCACCCCGAGAGAUACGACAAUGACCUUCACAUGUUUCGUAUUCUUUGACAUGUUCAACGCUUUAAGCUGCCGUUCACAGACAAAGUCUGUGUUCACCAUUGGUCUAUUCACCAACCGCAUGUUCCUGCUAGCUGUCAUGUUCUCCGUGGUCGGUCAGCUGUUGGUGAUCUACGCUCCUCCUCUACAAGUCGUGUUCCAGACUGAAGCCCUCACGCUGCAAGAUAUAGUGUUUCUCGUCUCACUGACGUCUACAGUGUUCAUCUUCUCGGAGAUCAAGAAGCUGAUUGAAAGGUCGUGUGAACGACGUCUGCGACAACCCAAAAGUGCGAUGGACUUCGUAUGACAUCAGACUUCUCCCAGAGGCAAGACUAGGCGAGAUUAACCCUCAUAACAUACAAUGUUAUUUAUUCUGUUUUUACUCUAAAUAGUUUUAAUUAUCGAUUUGUUUUGACGCAGACUUAAGUGUUGAAUCUGCUUGAAUUGUUUGGCUGUUAUAAUGGUGGAAUCGUGUAAACUCUCUUUAGCUUUUCUAAUGUGGACUUGAAAGUUUUUGAAGAAAAUUUACUGUAAUUCACCAUACGAAUUAUCAAAGAUUGUACUACUUGGGUGCAACGAUUUUGCAAUAAGUCAUUCAAUGACUUGAUUAUAACCUUUUUUUAAUGUGUUUAGCAAUAAAUUGUAUAUGUGUAUGGAUAAAAAAUUAGAGUUCUUAGACGUUACAGAGUUCUUAGACAAAGAGUUGCAUCUUCUUUCAUAUAAAUAAAAACAUCAAAAUUAUACAGACUGUCCCAAAAGUCCCGGACCGGUUUAAUAUUUUAUAAACGACAACAG